GAGAGAGAAGUGGAAAGCUCUCAAGGACGAGUUGUCGAAGGAUGUGGCGGGCACUCAAGCUGUUGCUCGCCGUUCUCGGCGUAAUGAUCCACGAAGCUCAGGCGGUGUCCGAGAGAUUAGAGCUGGCCCCUGCAGGUGGCAGAUCUGAGCCACAGGUGGCAACUCUGUGUGAAGUUGGUGAAAUAUAUUUGGCUCAGCAUAUGGGCUGCGAAGGACGAUGGAUAUCCUCUACUAAUACGAAAAGCUGUAUGACCAAUAAGUUAGAAAUUUUAGAAUAUUGUAAAAAGGCAUAUCCAAAGCGAGACAUCACUAAUAUUGUCGAGUCAUCACAUUAUGUUCGAGUUAGUGGCUGGUGCAAACCUGGCAAGAACAAGUGUAAACUCUCCCGAUGGGUGAAGCCGUAUAGAUGCCUAGAAGGUCCAUUCCAGAGUGAUGCAUUAUUAGUUCCUGAAGGCUGCUUAUUUGAUCAUCUUCACAAUCAAACUAAAUGUUGGGAAUCCUACAGAUGGAAUUCAACAGCAGCCGAUACAUGUCGUCAGCGAAAUAUGAAUUUACGUAGUUUUGCGAUGCUGCUUCCCUGUGGUAUUUCCCUCUUCGCGGGCGUUGAAUUCGUCUGCUGUCCGAAGCAUUUGAAAGAAAACGUAAAGUUGAAGAAGCACUUCGAAAUGCAUGUGCCGAAGUCAAUGGAGGACGACUUCGAGGAAGAAGAUAAUAACAUGAAUGACGAGGGAGAACACGACGACAAUGAUGCACACAACGGCUCAUACUCUUAUGAAAACUUGGAUGAUGUGCUCGGUGAUGAAUCCGAUGACGAUGAAAGCAAUGAAGAAUAUUUUGAAGAUUACGAAGCUACUACACGGUCUUCGUUUUCGAUACCCGUAUCGAUAAGCUCCGUUGCAGUUGAAAGGACAAAAGAAAUAGCAAGCGACGAUAGUCAUGGUAGUGGCGGUGACACUAGUACUAUUACUACUAUUACCAUGGCGGUCAGCACCUCAAGCGGCAAUACUCAGAAACCUGGAUCGGCAACAUUCGCAGCCCUUCUACCACGCGGUUCACCAGAUCCUUACUUGACUCACUUCGAUCCUCAAUCAGAGCACCAAAGCUACAAACAGGCCCAAAUGAGGCUUGAAGAAAUUCACAAGGAGGAAGUAACAAAGGUGAUGAAGGAUUGGAGCGAUCUUGAGGAGCGGUAUCAGGACAUUCGAGCACGCGAUCCCGUCGCCGCAGACUCCUUCAAACGUUGGAUGACAGUGCGCUUCCAGCAGACAGUCGCUGCUCUAGAAGCAAGUGGUGCUGCUGAAAAACAUCAUCUCAGUGCAAUGCAUCAACAAAGGGUGCAGGAAACAGUAAAACAAAGAAAUGGUGAAGCUAUGUCCUGUUAUACAGCCGCUUUAAAUGAAAUCCCUCCAAAUGAGCAUCGCAUCCAAAAGUGUUUGCAGAAACUGCUGCGCGCUUUGCACAAAGACCGGCACCACACAAUCGCCCACUACAAGCACCUACUGGACAGCAGCUUGGAACAGGCGCAAAAAGAGAAGCCAGCGACGCUUGAGCACUUGACUGAUAUCGACAGGAUAACGAAUCAAAGCCGGCUAAUGCUUGAACGUUAUCCGGAGCUGGGCAGCAAGAUCGGUAAGUUAAUGGAUGAUUAUGUACUCGCCUUGCGUAGCAAAGAUGAGACACCGGGGUUACUCUUAGCAAUGACUCGGGAAGCAGAAGCCGCAAUUUUAGACAAAUUCCAAGCUGACGUCGCUAGUAAACAGCAAGAGAAAGAACAUCAAAAGCAGCUGGAACGUGAACGCAAGGAACAGCGGAAGGCAGAACGUGGGGAACUGAGGACUGAGCAAGAGCAGGUAAAGGAAACCAAGGAGAUAAAACCAGGGAAAAGGCAACAACUUCUCGUUCCUAUCCCGCCCAAACUCAAAGAGCAGCGCGUGCAGCAACAUGAGUCCUCAGUAACCGUAGGUGCCCUCACCGCCUUUAAACAUAAUGAAGGUCUCAUUCGUGCGGCGCAUAGCAUGAAUCAUGACGUUUCACACGCUGAACCCAGUUAUUCAGUGAGACGUGAAGUCUAUCACCGGGAAAGCAGAUCAAUCUACUUUAUUUUGGCAUUUGCUGCUAUUGCAAUAAUGGCUGCUACAAUUGUUGGAUUUGCAGUAUUUAAACAUCGCAAUUCAAGAAGUCCUCAUAGUCAGGGUUUCAUCGAGGUUGACCAGGCAGCGACGCCAGAGGAGCGACAUGUAGUUAAUAUGCAGAUUAACGGCUACGAAAAUCCUACCUACAAAUACUUCGAAGUCAAGGAAUAGAUGCGCGACGAAUUUAAUCUAUCCGUGCAGCGCAAAGAACUCCAUCGUCAGAACAUUCGUGCACGCCGCUUUGACUUUUUUUCUUUUU